CCGCCUGAAGCCGUGGGGUGCGGUCAGUAGGUGACGAGACGCGACUGCCUGCCUGACGAGACUCUUGGAUCGUGCUGGGACCUUGAGGUGACACAGUAAACAAAAUGCAGGGCGCAGACAUGGCUAGCAGGGCGUGUAUGGCGGCGGUGGUGCUGGCGUGCGUGGCGGCGCAGGCGGGUGCAUGGAGCUCCUUCUCCUGCACCCUCACGCCGGUGGACAAGGAGCGACUCACCAACGCCACAGUCAAGUCUGCCCAGCAAGUUAACGCCAGCGUGUCCAGCCUCGAGGAGAAGGUUGACGCUAUCCUGGCGCUGCUCACACCCUCAGGCCCCCAGCAGGCGCCGUGGCUGCCCCCGCCCCGCACACAGGGCACUGAGGACGGCGCUGUGACGAGGAGAGGGCGAAGUGAAAGAGAGGAGCGAAGCAAAGAAGACAGAGAGAACACGAGAGAAGAAGACAUGACAGAAAAGGAGGAACAGGAGGAACACGCCAGAGAAGAGGAAGAGCGCGAACACGUGACAGAGAAGCCGGAGAGGAAGGAAGACACACAAAGGGAAGAAAAUGACGAGACGGAAAGGAGAGAAAUCGAAACCAAGCCAGAGAGUGAAAAUGAGACAGAGGAAGAGGAGGAAGAGGAGGAAGAGGAGAGUGGACCCAAGAAAGGCGAGUGCAGUGUGAUGGUGACGGACAACCACGCCACCAUCGGGAUGUUCUUCAUGAGCACCUACAACCACGGUCACUGCGCCAACAGACACCCCGUCGCCUCUCCCAUCCGGUACUGCCUCGGCUUCUGCCCCACCCGCACCUUCGUCACGCGGAAAAACAACAUGUGGGGUCAAGGCUACGACUGCAAGAGCUGCCAACCCUCCCGACUGGAAAGCCUCCGCAUCCCUCUGGUGUGCGACGACGGCUUCCAGUUCGAGAAGACCUUCAGGAAUGUGGUGGAGUGCGCGUGCCGGAACUGCCGCUCGUUGAAGGUCUGAGGAGGACGGACGGAGUGGAGGACGCAACGCAGGGGAAAACACCGCAACACGACGCUUGAAUAGCCCUAACUCAAAGCUGUAUAGACCUAAACCAACGCUGUAUAGACUUAAAACAACACUGUAGCCUAUAGACCUAACCCAACGCUGUAUAGACCUAAACCAACGCUGUAUAGACUUAAAACAACACUGUAGCCUAUAGACCUAUAUAACCCAACGCUGUAUAGACCUAAUCCAGUGUUGAAUAGAUCUUAACUAUCGCUGCAAGUCACAACAGGAAGCAGAUGGUUUAGUAGAUUAGUGAGGUUUAUAAAAUACUGUGUUACGCGUUUCUUUUUUUUGUGUGUGUAUGUUUGUUUGUUGUUUUUGUUUAUUUAUUUUUUGUUCUGUGGGUUAACUCUUGCACUCAAAUGUUCCACCAAUGGCUCUGGGGCACCGGUAACGCAUUGGGGUACCACUGUAAUAUAAUACAAAGGUAGAAUUGUACACUAUACACACACACACACACACACACACACACACACACACACACACACACACACACACACACACACACACACACACACACACACACACACACACACACACACACACACACACACACACACACACACACACACACACACACACACACCUGCCAAUGACGUCAUCCAGGUGUCACUUAAAGGGGACCUGACCACUUGGAAACACGUGACCUGGGGAAGAGGGGGGGUGAGAGGGGGGGGUCAGCGAUGCCUCGAGGGGAGCGUGACCCUUGACCUCUGGCGGAGCGAGGGCCACUACGUCAUCGGCUCGCGGCGCCCUGGCACUCAUUAGCACCAGGUGAUCCGGGAGCACCUGACACCUUUGCCAUUUACACCUGUGCUCACCUGCCGCUUUGUCAUUAUUUACCUGUCGAGACGGAGGCGCUGACGGCAGGACGCGGGCUUGCUCUCCCUGCCUCCCUGAAGAGUGUUUAUCGCCUUGUAUUGUGACUAGUUUGUUUGUUUGUGUGUGGUGUUUGUUUUUGAUAUUGUUUGUGUUUAUCAUGAAUAUUAAUCAUGCUUUGACACUAC